AUGGAGAAAACUGUGAGAGAAAAUCCUACAAUGAAGGUCAUGGACAUUAGGGACAAAGUUACUAGGAAAUGGAAUGUAGGAAUUUCAAGAAAUAUGGCGUUUAGGGCAAGAACAAUGGCAAGAGAUAAGGUUGAAGGAUCAUUCAAAGAUCAAUAUAGAAGACUUCACGAUUAUGGUCAUGAGCUGCUGAAAACAAAUCCAGGAACAACAGUACAAAUUAAAGUUGAUAACAGUAAUGGUGAGGUCAUAUUCCAAAGAUUUUAUGCAUGCUUGAAGGCAUGCAAGGAUAACUUCAUUUGUUGUAGACCUAUUAUUGGCUUGGAUGGAUGCUUUGUGAAAAGCAAGUAUGGAGGGGAGUUACUAACAGCAGUGGGAAGAGAUGGAAACGACCAAAUGAUGCCCAUAACAUAUGCUAUUGUUGAGGUAGAGAACAAAGACUCCUGGACUUGGUUCUUGGAGCACCUUAUUGAGGACCUUGGUGGGGCAGCUGUAUGUGCAGGAUGCACAUUUAUUUCAGACCAACAAAAGGGUCUUUUGCCAGCAAUCCAGGAUCUUCUACCUGGUGUAGAACAAAGAUUUUGUGUUAGGCAUUUAUAUUCAAACUUCAGAAAAAAAUUUCCUGAAAAAAACCUUAAACGUCUGAUGUGGCGGGCAGCAACAGCAACACACCCACAACAAUGGGAGACUGAAAUGAGGAAUAUUAGAGACAUAAAUUUAGACGCAUUUAAAUAUCUGCUUGCCAUCCCACCUAGGUUUUGGUCAAGAUCUAGAUUCACCUCUAGAUCACAAUGUGACACUCUUGUGAACAACAUGUGUGAGGGCUUUAAUAGUGUGCUAGUUGAUAGUAGGUCUAAGCUUAUUAUUAGCAUGUUAGAAGACAUAAGGGUUUACAUAAUGAAGAGAUGGGCUGCCAACAGGACAAAGAUCACAUCAUAUCAAGGUUCAAUCUGCCCCAAGGUUUUUAACAGAUUUCAGAAGGAGUCCUGGUUAACUAGAUAUUGGUUACCAAGAAAAUGGGCAAUUACUGGCAUUCCGUGUACUCAUGCCAUCACUGCAAUGAAAUUUUUGAAUAUAAAUGCAGAAGAAUACAUUGGCCACUGGUUUAGGAAGUCUACUUAUGAAGAGACUUACAACACAAUAAUUAACCCUAUCAAUGGACAACAUGUCUGGGAUGUUACACCCUAUGCAGAUAUAUUACCACCAAAGAAGAGGACAAUGUCAGGAAGGCCCAAGAAGAAACGAAGACUAGAGGAAUGGGAGUUGAAGAAGAAUAACAGUGAAUUAAGAAAGGGUGGGCAGAGGAAAACAUGUGCCAUCUGCAAAGAACUUGGACACAACAGAAAAGGCUGUCCACAAAGACCUCCAACAGUAGAGGUUCCUACAGCCCAAUCUUCUCAAGUCACCCAACCUCCAGCAACUAUGCCUUUAUCUGAUGAAUGA